AUGCGAGGCAAGCUUGUCUUCGUUUGCUGGCAGAUGUUUGCGCCAGUCAAAAUCGAUGUCGAGUUGGGCUGGUUUCUCUCAGCCGGGGGCAUUGCCCACAAGUGCCAUUGGCAGGGCCGCCACUCCGGCACUGGAGGUGCUACUUCUGGUUGUUGUGGAAGCAAACAGUGGACUGCAGCCCAACCAGCGCAGGCGUGCCAAGGCUGUGCCGCAGGAAGUGUGGAUGUUUGCAGUUUCUGGCUGGUGACUGGCAGAAGCAAGUCAAUCGAUAUUCACUUGCUACCUGGUUGCAACUGGGCUGGGUCUGGACUCGUGCCCAAAGGGUCACGUGGAAUCCAUGACUCCCAAUCAGCAUUGAUCGCCUCGUUUGGCGAUAGGAUGCAAGGGUACGUGAUCAGCCUGCCGACGCUGCUCCGCUGGACGUGUGCAUGUUUGCAGUUGCCGCACUACCAAGCCUCACAUUCUUUCAAAGGUUUCAGCCACUUCUUGCUUUUGGCUUUGGUUGCUUGA